GCUCCUUCCCCUUUGCGGGCCACGUUCCUUAUACCACAACACCCGAACGGGCUGACGAUCGUGCUCUUUCCCAUCGCCUCCUAUUCACAGCCUGAAAUCAGAAACAAAACCAACGUAUAACCCACGAAAAGAUGGCCAAAGGACACUUCCGCGUCGGUCAUGCAGGCGCUCUGCACACCUCUAUCCCCUCGAAGAAUAGCAAGCGCGCGAGCUCCUCCUGCGCCACUGGCGGGUUCUACAAGUCGCCCUCCUCCGGCCAGUCCAUCUCCUCCAAAGAUACUCUCGACAUCACCUGGGACACGUCCUGCCUCAACGUCACCAAGGAUGCCGUCGACAUCUACCUCUACGCCCCCGGCUUGGACUCGUCGCGCAUCCACGAGUGGGAGGCUGUUCCAUACUCGCAGGGCUCAUACUCAACCGUGCUCAAGCCCAAGUGGUGGAACGAUACCACCUCCGUGAACCUGCAGCUGCUUAUCAUCAACAGCGGUGACGCGCCUUUCAUGGCCACUCUGCCCGCCGGCCCCAUUUGGACGGCGACGUAUGACCCGAGCAACUACACUGGUUCGUCUUCGGACACGGACACGGACACGACCGACACGAUCACCAACGCGGCGGAGUCGAAGCACGGGCUCAGCAAAGGCGCGACCGCCGCGGCCGUCCUACUUCCGCUUCUGUUCAUCAUCGGUUUGAUCGUCGCUGGCUACAUCAAGGUCAAGCGCUCGCGCGGCAAGGACAAGCGCAAGCGUUGGUCAGAGGCGGUCGACAAGCGCAUGUCGACCAUCUCCACGGACUGGAAGAGCAUGACGCCCUCCGGCGCCUCGGCCGCAAUCCGCAACUCCAUGGCAUUCUCGCAACAGGGUGCCAACUCGCGUGCGUCGACCUUCAGCUUCGGCGGCGGCAUGCGCGAGGCGAGCUUCGAUACCCGCGGAUCGACUUACGCCGUCGAAGGUGGCCAAGCGGGCGUCGGCGCGCGCGGCAUCUUCGUGCGCGACGAGAGUAACCCCGAGAUGUCGCAAUUGCGCUACCCGAACGGUGUGAACCCAUUGGCGGAGCGCGUCUCUCGUGUCUCGUUUGCGGACGGCACCCGGGUUUCUCGCGUCUCCUUCGCUGACGGCACGCGCCCCUCCAUCGACUCGCGCCGCUCGCGCGUUACCUCCCGCGCGUUCCACACCGGCUAUGUUCCCCCGCUGCCCACUCGCCAGGAUUCGUCCUCAGCCUCAUCGGAUAACGAACUUCCAAGCGGCAUGCUGAGCCCCACGCAGGCUCAAGGACCAUUCACUCUCACUCCCGAGGAUAUCAGGGCCAGGAUGUCGGGCGCCAACACCCAACCGAGGCCCAGCAUCGACGAGGUCAUGCCCGCUCUUACCAUGAUGCGCACGGGCAUGGAUGCAUCGGAGAUGCUGUACUCCCCUGACGCUAACGACGCGUACGUCGAGACCUGGCAUAUGCCCACCCCGCCAACACCUUCCCACCAGCCUGAGUCGCCCAUCCCCUCGGCCACUGCGCCUCUCAUGCAGAUGCCGACGCCCUCCGUAGAUUCGCCGUCAUUCCCGAUGGUUUCACCCGUCAUGCCCUCCAUGCAACUCGAGCAGGAAGAGAGCAUGAGCCCGGAUGCUCUACUCCGCGCGUACGCUACGAAGAAGGCCCAGGGAGAGACGAACCAGUACGGAAUGCGGGUGCUCUAUAGCCCGCCCGGCAGCCCUGCACCUGCUGCCAACAACCAGAGCUUCGCUGCAUUCGGUGCGGACUCGGCGAGGCAGUAAUGAGGGACGACUGGCCAGCGCUAGUAUCGAGUGGUGUAAGAGUAUGGGUGGCGAUGUGGUGGUCGCCUGUGGUGAUGCCCCCUUCAUGACCCUGUCUUUGUGUCCUGUCCCAACGUGUCCCGGAGAGAGACCCAUGUUCUCUUCACCAUAACCCUCUGUCUCUCUCUUCCGUUCCUAUCUUCUCGUGGCUUCAAUCUCAUUCCUCCCGUGUGCACCUCUCAUGUCUCAUUCUCCUUCUGCCGUGUGCCGUCACCUUCCAUUUCAAUUCCUAUUCGAUCUAUCCUAUACCUUCUCUCCGGCAGGUCCUUUGUCCACUCCUGGAGUCCAGGUUCCGCCGACCCGAGUUCGCCUGCGGGGACAGUGACUUCGUCAUCGUCCUUUUACCCGUCCUCCUUCGGACUUGCAGGGAGGGACUCGCGAGACGCAGGCGGUAUUCCCUUCAGUCUACUAUACCUUGGCCUUCUCGCAAUAUACCACUUCUUCUCGCUACGGCUGCCGCUGCCUCUACGCGGCCUUUCUGUUUAUUCUAUAUGUAAAUCUUCAUCUCCCCUUGUCGUGGUUAAAUGCGACCGAGAGGUGCUUGGAAUUGUGAUAUGUAUUAUUCAACUUACACCGAUAUUGAGACAUCUCUACCGC